UUUAAACAAUUUCGAAGAGUUUUAGUAUAUUUUAUUGUUUAUUGAAGAUCGUACUAUAGAAUAUACUUGUAAUACUCAUGGUUUAACUACCUUAGGAUUAUUUAAUCCAAAAAAAUAAUGUGAUGAAAAUGAAGCGUUCCAGUCAAAAUGACUGGUCCGGUAGUUCUAGUGUUAAUCUUAUCAUUAACCAACGUUGUUACAAGUUGAAUGUUUACUUUAACAUGUGGGGUGAAUACCCAAUAAUGCUACAGCUUCCCUGAUAGAGAUGUAUGCUGCCCAUGAUUCAGUUGAAUUGUAGACAUCAUCUUAAGCGGACGCGAAUUCGUGCAACUGUAGAACAACAUGUGGCAGUUCAUAAGGUCACCAAUAUUAGCGGUGAUAAUCUUCAUAGGAGCUGCUCAUGGAAUACUGGUUGUGGGUCCUAAAUUCAUUCGGGCCAACCAGGGCUAUACGGUUGUGAUCACUAACUUUAACACCAAACUCGACAAGGUGGAUCUGAUGUUACGAAUCGAAGGACACACGGAUGAUGGUCAAAAUGUUCUUAACAUAACGAAGUCGGUUGACGUUCGGAAACAAAUGAACAGAAUGAUCAACUUUUAUAUACCUAAGGAUUUAGCAAUUGGAAACUACAAAAUUACCAUUGACGGACUGCAUGGUUUUACCUUUCACAAGGAAAUCGAUUUGGUGUACCUCAGCAAAGCCAUAUCAGGUUUAAUACAGAUUGAUAAGCCCGUGUUCAAACCAGGUGAUUGGGUUCAAUUUCGUGUAAUAGUGCUAGACACUAAGUUGAAACCUUCUACACGGAUCGAAACAGUACAAGUGAUGAUCCACGAUCCUCAAAACAAUGUGGUUCGGAAGUGGUCCUCGGCAGAACUGCAUGUCGGAGUGUUUGAGAAUGAACUUCAAAUCGGAUCAACUCCAAUACUCGGUAUAUGGAACAUCUCGGUAUUGGUGCACGGAGAAGUGCUCGUGUCCAAGACAUUCGAGGUAAAGGAGUAUGUGUUGUCCUCGUUUGACGUGGAGGUGGUACCAACCGUCAUUCCUCUGGUGGAGCACGAAGGACUGAAUCUGACGAUAGCAGCCAACUAUCACUUCCGAAAACCAGUGAAGGGGUUGGCCAAAGUGGAACUGUUAUUUCAAGACGAUCAACUUAAUCAGGUGAAAGAGUUUGAAAUGUCCGGGAUAGGACAGGUGACUCUCCGUUUCAAUGAAAAACUGGAACUGUUCAACGAUCAACAGGAUGUACUUGUAAAGACGACCUUCAUCGAGCAGGGCACAAAUCGGACUGUGGUGCUUGUAUCUCAACCCACUGUGUACAAAUAUCCGUACCGCGUGGAAUUGAUCAAGGAAAGUCCUCAAUUCCGUCCAGGCCUUCCCUUUAAGUGUGCGCUGCAGUUCCGACAUCACGAUGGAACACCCGCCAGAGGUAUCACCGGUAAGGUGGAAGUGAUGGAGAUCGAGAUCGAUAAAACUGUAACAAGUGAUGAUGAUGGUUUGAUUCAACUGGAGUUAGAACCAAUUGACGAUAUACAAGAAAUGUAUAUAAGCUUUUCCAACGAUGAUGGAUUCUACUUUUAUGAAAAAGUGGACAAAGUGGAUGUCGUGACGAAAGCGUUCAUCAAACUGGAAUUAAAAUCUCCUGUGAAAAUAAAUCGAUUAUUGCAAUUCCUGGUCACGUGUAACGAUCGUAUGACUUUCUUCGUGUACUACAUUGUGUCGAAGGGCAAUGUACUUGAAUCCGGUUACAUGGCACCUAACAAUCAGAACAAAUAUCCCUUUCGUUUGAACGCAUCCGAGAAGAUGAUUCCGAAGGUGAAAAUUGUCGUAGCGACUGUAGUGAACCACACAUUGGUGUACGACUGUUUGGACAUCGAUUUUGUUGGGCUUCAUUUUGAUUUCAGCAUCGACAAGCAAGAAGCAAGGCCAGGGCAGCAAAUCGAGCUACGCUUAUCUGGACGAUCAGGAGCGUACGUUGGAUUGGCCGCUUACGAGAAAAGUAAGCUGUACUACAAUCAGCAUCAUGAUCUGUUCUGGGAGGACCUUACACGACUGUACAAUGGAUUCGGAUCGUACAACGAAAAGGAAUUUGACAUGUUUCAUAAUACGGGACUGUUCGUGUCGACGUUGGAUAGCAUCAAGUUUAAUGAAGCUCACGAUAUGGCGACACGUUAUGAGUCGCAGACAAACAAUCGAAUCAUCGAACAAGAAUCAAACCGCUCAAACGUUCCAGAAUCGUGGUUAUGGAAGAAUGUGACCAUUGGAGGGUCUGGAAGGCACACGAUGAUCGAAGCAGUGCCGGGUACGAGCCCAUCCUGGUACUUGACGGGGUUCUCCAUUGAUCCGGUGUACGGUUUGGGCAUCAUCAAAAACCCCAUUGAGUUCAUGACGAUUCUACCGUUCUACAUUGGGGAGAGCCUUCCGGACUCCAUAAAAAGAGGUGAAGUCGUCGAGUUGCAGUUUACACUGUUUAACAACCUUGAAGGAGAGUACAUCGCUGAAGUGACCCUGUAUAAUGUGUUCAAUCAGAUGGAAUUGAUUGGACGAUCUCUGGAAGAUGAAAGCUACACGAAAUCCGUGAGCGUUCCUCCGAAGGUUGGUGUGCCGAUCUCAUUUCUGGUGAAGGCACGAAAGCUCGGCGCGAUGGCGAUACGCGUGAAGGCCUCUAUCAUGCUUGGAAGGGAAACCGAUGCACUGGAAAAAGUUAUCCAAGUUGAACCAGAAAGUUUGGUACAACCAAAGAUGGUAACUUGGUUCUUCUGCUUCGAUACGUACAAAAAUCAAACUUUCCGCAUUCCUUUAGACAUCCACAAUAAGGCAGACAAUGGUUCCUUAAAGAUUACAUUACGAUUGACAACCAAUCUGCUAACCACUGUCAUCAAUGUAUUGGAUAAUUUGCUUGCUGUCCCAUCUGGCAGUGGAGAGGGGAAUAUGAUCAAGUUUGCACCAAACAUCCUUGUGCUCGAUUACUUGCAUGCUAUUGGUUCGAAGGAUCAAAUUCUGAUUGAUAAAGCAAGAAAUCUGGCACUCCAAGGCUAUCAACAUCAGAUGCGUUAUCGUCAGACAGAUGGUUCAUUUGGGGUGGAGCAAAAUAUGGGUGGCAGCGUUUUCCUUACCGCUUUCGUCGCAAAAUCAAUGCAAACUGCGUCGAAGUACAUCAGCGAGGUCGAUAUGACUUUGGUCGAGAAGGCUUAUGAUUGGCUUGCUUCAAAGCAACACAGGUCGGGAAAAUUCGAUGAGGUUGGAUUCAUGAUCUUCGAAGAAAUGCAAGGCGGUCUGCGUAAUGGCACAAGGCUGACAUCUUUCGUGGUGUCAGCAUUUCUAGAGAAUGACAACGCCAAAGUGAAGCACCCGGAAGUGAUCCAAAAGGCAAUCAGCUAUCUAAGCAGUCAGGUGGAUUCACUCGAUGACCCUUACGAUCUGUCCAUAGUGACCUAUGCCUUGAUGUUGAAUGAACACAGCAUGAGAGACAAGGCAUUUAGUAGAUUAUUAACCAUGUCUACCUUUACGAAUAAUGCAACGGAACAGUACUGGAACACAGAUCAUAGCAUAGAAGCGACCGGUUACGCGUUGAUGUCAUUUGUAAUAGGGGAGAAGUAUGUGGACGGAAUUCCGGUGAUGCGUUGGUUGGUGAAGCAACGCUACGUUACCGGAGUAUUCUCGCGCGCUCAAGACAUCUUCGUGGGGCUGACGGCACUAACAAGGUUUACAACAAAAACUUCUCCUUCGCGUAACAAUUACACUGUGUGGCUAAACUAUGGCAAAUCUCCGGCAUAUUUCCACAUCAGCCCGCAAGCCAGUAACAUCAUCAUCUACGAGAACAUACCAGAGGACAUAAAACUACUGGAGGUCAACGUCGAAGGUAUCGGGGUUGGAUUACUGCAGGUGACCUAUCAGUACAGUUUAAAUCUAUUGAAUUUCGAGAAUCGUUUCAUGUUGGAUCUGGAGAAACAGAAUACGACCUCUGACGACGAUCUUCGACUAGCGGUGUGUGCUAACUUCAUUCCGAAAGGGUCCAAUGAACGUUCCCACUUGGCGUUGAUCGAGGUGAACUUCCCUAGUGGAUACGUUGUCGAUCAGAAUCCGAUCAGCGAGCAGACUUCCUUCAAUCCAAUACAGAACAUCGAAUUUAGGUACGGCGGUACAUCCGUUGUUGUGUAUUACAACAACAUGGGCAUCGAGCGGAACUGCUUCACCGUGACGGCUUACAGACGGUUGAAGGUGGCUCUGAAGCAUCCAGCAUAUGUGGUCGUGUAUGAUUUCUACGACCCAAAUUUGAAUGCCAUUCAAUCGUACGAAGUGGAUAAGUAGAAUGUUUGCAAAAUCUGCAAUUAAAACGAUUGUUAUCGAAAAGAGCUGCUUUUUAAUGAUUCAUAAUAAAAUGCUUCACAUAUUCUAUAUGUCCUUGUAGACAGUUAGAAACAAGUGCGUUUGUCUAUAAAAAGAGAAAACGAAUGAAAAAGACGAUCAGAAAGUCAAACCUUUUUUUUUACUCUAAAUUAGUUAUUUUUGAUUAAAUUAAAUUUGGAUUAGAUUGUGUCCUUAUUAUAUUGUAGAUAAUUAUAAUUUUAAAUUAGAUUUGAAAUGUAACACAAGGAAAAAAUUUAACGAAUUUGCAAAACGCACAACAAAUUACAGGCUUUUACAAAAGUACAAUAAUAUGCUCAUGG